CAGUUUCUUGAGUUUCUCAUCUACCUGAUUUUGACAUGAUCAAAUGUUUGGUGGAAGAUGUGCGAGCCAGGCUGCGUUCUGGAGUGACUAUCAACUCACUGGGGCAGUGUGUUGAGGAGCUUGUCCUCAAUAGCAUCGAUGCCAAAGCAACAUGUGUAGCUAUCAGGGUGGAUCUGGAAGCUUUUAAGAUCCAGGUGGUGGACAAUGGCUCUGGGAUGGGGAGAGAGGACUUAAAUGCAAUGGGAAAGCGGUACUUCACCAGCAAGUGCAGCUCAGUGGGAGACUUGGAGAACCUCAUGUUCUAUGGCUUUAGAGGGGAGGCUGUGGCAAGCAUAGCCAACAUGGCCAGCGUAGUGGAAGUUUCGUCUAAAACCAGCAGGACAGCAAAAACAUUUGUGAAACUAUUUCAUAAUGGGCAAGCACUGGAAGUCUGUGAAGCUGAAUUGAGCAGACCAAGUGGUGGAACUACAGUGACCGUGUGUAAUCUGUUCCAUCAGUUACCGGUGAGGAGAAAGUGUAUGGAUCCUGUGCUGGAAUUUGAGAGAGUGAGACAGAAAGUAGAGGCUAUUUCGCUGAUGCAUCCCUCUGUUUCACUUUCUUUAAGGAACGAUGCUUCUUGUUCUAUGGUGCUUCAGCUCCCUAAGACAAGAGAUGUAUACUCUCGGUUUUGUCAAAUUUAUGGACUGGGCAGAUCCCAGAAGUUACGAGAAAUAAACCAUAAGUCUGGGGGAUUUGGGCUAAGUGGUUAUAUCAGUACUGAAGGACAUUACAAUAAGAAUAUGCAGUUCUUGUAUGUGAAUAGAAGGCUUGUUUUAAAGACAAGACUACAUAAACUAAUUGAUUUUUUAUUAAGAAAAGAAAGUGUCAUUUGCAAGGCAAGAAGUGGCCCUGUGAGCAGACAGGCUAGUUCAAGUCCUGGUCGCCAUCGUUGUGGCCCAGAGUUGUAUGGGAUCUUUAUUCUCAAUGUGACCUGUGCGUACAGUGACUAUGAUGUGUGUCUGGAACCUGCAAAAACUCUAAUCGAGUUCCAGAACUGGGAUGUUCUUCUAACUUGUGUAGAGGAAGGAGUGAAAAUAUUUUUGAAACAAGAGCGUUUAUUUAUUGAACCGUGUAGUGAGGACAUCAGAGAAUUUAAUGAAGAUAAUGACUUUUGUUUGUAUAACACUCCAGCUCUGAAGCCCUCACUCUCUGAAGAGAAGAGCAUCCAAGACAGUUUUAAGAAAGCAUGUGAUGAAAUUGUGGAUUCCUAUGAAAUGUAUAACUUGCAAUCAAAAGAUGUAAAAAGGAAAUACGUGACUGGAAAAAAAUCUUUGAACCUUAUAGAGCCAAAUAAAAAUCUACAAGAAACUGAAAUCACCCCAAAUCAGAAGAUUGCUGAACCAUCUGAUCCGUGUAGAAACAACAAAGUGGAGAUUCCACUGCCCAGCAAAGAUGACACAGCUUCUGAUUUCAUUAUAUCAAAUAUCUCAGAGCAGGAGCCAAAAGACACUAACAGUUCCCAAAAAGCGUCUGAUACUUACCUGAAAUCUUCAGAAAAUAUCUGUUCCUCUUUCAGUGGAGGAGCCAGAUCAGAAACAAGAAAAACAGACAGUUGUGGUGACCUGCAGCAUUGUGCAGAGAAUUACAUAAAAGAUGUGGGAAGCCAGCAAGGCAAAGUAGUGCAGAAAAGCAGUAUGGUCCGUAUCUUAAAUAAUGAUGUUACUCAGUCGCUGUCUGAGAGAGAAGACCCUACGGAAACAGCAAUGGGGCCUGAGACUGUCUCUGGGAGUUCAUUGAUGAGAUUGUGUAAUGCAAGAAGAGGACACAGUGAAGCAGCUGCAGUGAUAGAUGAUGUUGGAAGAGGGCCUGUUAGUUCAAUACCGUUAAAAUUGUGCUCUACAGGCCUCAUAACACGUGUUAUGCAAAAUGAGCCCCCACAUGAAUGUGAACAAACAGAAACAAAUCUUGCAUUAAACAUGCAGUGUAGACCUGGCCCUGUCAAUGCCAAGAAUAUUUUUGGCCACAAAGUGAAUUUUCCGAUUCAGUCUUUAAAUGCUAAGGAUAUUUCCAGUAAUACAAAUAAAGAAUAUACACCUCCUUACACCAGAGAAGUAUGCAUGGCUGAUGGUAAUGAGUGGUUAGAGAACAAAACUUUGUCAAAUCAGGUGAGUGAGGAGAUAGCUAUGCCUGUUGCCACCAGUGAAAGACAUUAUGAGACAUCGAAUGUUACAGAAUUGUCAUUGGCAACUUCUUCAGGUAUUCCUCAUAAGGAAGUUAUAAAAAGCACUAGAAGACAAAUAGCUGUGCCAAGAUCUCAGCCCUCUAAGAGGCUGAGCUUGUCCACACAGCUGGGUUCAUUAGAAAAGUUCAGGAGAUAUUAUGGGAGAGUCAAGUGUACACUACCAACUCCGUUGUCCGAGCAGAGUGAAUUUGGUCUCCCAGCUUUGGAAGAUACAGAUUCUAGUAAUAGUACCCAAGUUUUUGGUUCUUUGGAAGAGACUUUAUUCUGUAGUGGAGAAACUUCACAGGACAAACGAGCCCUUUGUCAGAGUCCUUUGAUGUUGUCUGAUUACUCUCAUGUUAGUAAAAACAAUAUAAGUUGUAAAAGAUCUCCAGGAUCAUUAUCAUCCAAACUGUCCAGAAUGAAAAGUGACCACAAAGAAGUAGAACAACUUGGUGAACAAUUACAAACAGAUUCGAGUAGAAAAGAUGACUACACUUUUGAUCUUGAUUCUUCAAAUAAUGAUUUUUUUUACAAUGCUUGUGAAACAUAUAAAUACUCAGUGGAAAAAAUGAGGGAAUGUAAUUACAGCAUUUCUAAGGGAGGUGCAUGCUGGCAAUCAGAGAGUACAAGAGCAGAGUCCAUGAAAAGUACUGUCAGCUCAUCACCACUCAGCAGCAUAGAAGGGGAGUACACAGUAUCUUCAAGCAGUGCUUUAUCAUUACCUGCUAAAAAAGAUUGUACUAACAUAAUCUGUAAUGAUAAAAGUAUGUUAGAUGAAUCAUCAGAACAAAAUUUGAAAGAUACUGAGGUUCCACAUAUGACCUUCCCAAGUAACUUGGAGUUCUCUGCAGACAACACAAGCACAGGUGAUCCCAGGAAUGAUUUGUGUUGCUCUGACUGGCUUCAAGAUUUCGAUGUUUCAUCGGGUAAGACAAUAUACAUCAAUAAAGCAACUGGACUGAGCACCUACGGUACUCCUCCUACUGAAGGAUUUCAAGCUGCCUGCAUUCAAGAUAUAACAACAAUGGCUGUGAAUGUUGUCUCAGAGAAUGAUGCUGAAGGGGAGUCUCUCCAGUCAUUGCUUUCAGAAUGGGAUAAUCCUGUUUUUGUUCCCUGCCCAGAGAUUGCCAUUGAUGUGACCAGCAGUCAGGCUGACAAUCUGGCUGUGAAAAUUCACAAUAUCUUGUAUCCUUAUCGUUUUACCAAAGACAUGGUUCAUUCAAUGCAGGUUCUUCAGCAAGUGGACAAUAAAUUUAUUGCUUGUUUAAUCAACACUAGGAAUGAAAUGGAUAAAAAGGCAGAUGGAAACCUCUUGAUUUUGGUGGACCAACAUGCAGCUCAUGAACGGAUCCGCUUGGAGCAGCUUAUUGCAGAUUCCUAUGAGAAGGAAGCUGCAGCAUGUGACAAGAAGAAAUUACUGUCCUCCUCCAUCUCUCCCCCUUUGGAGAUUGAAGUUACAGAAGAACAAAGAAGACUUCUACGAUGCUGCUAUAAAAAUUUGGAGGACUUGGGUCUUGAAUUAUCAUUUCCUGAGACCAACAGCUCCUUGAUUCUAGUGAGGAAAGUGCCACUGUGUUUUAUAGAAAGAGAAGCCAAUGAAUUACGGCGGAAAAGACAACCUGUCACUAAAAGCAUUGUGGAGGAGCUUAUUCAAGAACAAGUUGAGCUAGUGCAGACCACAGGAGGAGGAGCAAGAGGGACACUGCCUCUGACGUUUCUGAAGGUGUUAGCUUCCCAGGCCUGUCAUGGAGCUAUUAAGUUUAAUGAGCAUUUGACUUUGGAGGAGAGCUGCAGGCUUAUUGAAGCUUUGUCAUCUUGCCAGCUGCCCUUCCAGUGUGCUCAUGGAAGACCUUCCAUGAUGCCUCUUGCAGACAUAGACCAUCUACAACAGAAAAAGCAGCAUAAACCUAAUUUGGCUAGACUGCGGAAGAUGGCGCAAGCAUGGCACCUAUUUGGAAAAAAAAGACCCUAAUCAAAAAAAGUUAAGACUGUAAGCUGCAACGACUGGAAGUGUUGGUGUGAUGCAGGUCCUCCCCCUGUUAUUAGACAACAAUACCCUGUGUGGAGCUAAGUUUCUGAGCCAGUGCAGUAAAUGACAUUCUGCUCUGAGUACUGACCUAAGAAGCAGAGACCAGCCAGGAGAACAUGGCCAGAGGAGCCACCCUCGUAGCCUGGAGAAGCAUCUUAAACAGUAUGGAAUUAUAUUGUAAGCCUGCACCAUUAUGUCAGUGCUUGACUACUGGAGGCAAGAAGUUACAGCCACUCACAGUUACUAAAGUGCUUUUUCUCUGCAAGCAAAGCAUGAUUCUGCAUAGUAGAGACAAGACUUUUAAUUAAUGUAUUUUAUAAUGCUUUGAAAAUGGAGAGAUA